GAUCACCGCGGCAGCACCCCCGACGCCGCCGCUGCUUACGUCACCUUUACGAGCGGCCGGGAGCUUAACGAGGUAUUGAAUUCACGUUGCUAAAUCCACCUCGCUUCAAAAUGCGGCAGGACACACCCUCGCAGCCCCGGCCAAGGAGUGCGGGGCGGGUAGGACGCAUCAUGGGGACUCCUGCAGCGGGGAGGACACCAACACACGCACUUAAUUCCUAGAUGUAUCGAUUUGAGUGGCGUGGCGUCGCUAAACAUUAUGGUCGGGAAAGGCGUAUUGACGAAGGCGAGUUGCGACGCGGCCUCGUCACAUAAACCAGUCGCAUUUCAGAUUCUCGCCUUGAGGUAGUGUUUUCACCAGUAUUUAAAAAACCUGACCCUUUUCCCCCUUCCCUCGUCCCACUGCUGCUGCAAGGGGUGUAGGAGUGAUGGAGCGUACUGGUCUGAGGGGUGACAGGGGUGACAGGGGUGCCAGGGAUGAGAGCGAGGGCGUGGAACGGCAGAAAAGGCACCGCUCACGUAACUUCACCAAGCAAGAGAAGGAGGUGUUCUACUCGGUGUUCUCCCGCUACGCCACCACCAUCAACGACAAGCGCUCCACCGUCGACAGUAUCAGACAAGCGUGGGAUCAGCUGUUACAAGAUUACAAUAAACAGCACAAUGUGUACCCGCGCACUCGACGACAGCUGCAGGUGUUGUGGCGAGACGAGAAGUUCAGAGCCAAGAAGAAGCGCCGGAAACAGCAGACAUCAAAGGGCGAAAAAGUAGCAGCAGAAGAGGAAAGAAGGGAAGACAAGACAACGGAGAGGAGGAGGAAAAGGAGGAGGAAGAGGAGGAAGAGCAGGGAAGAGGAGAAGGAAGAGGAGGAGGGAAUCUUCUCGCGCCCCUUCUCACAAUCAUUAAGCAGGAACACGAGGCCUUUACCACCGCCGCCGCUGCCCAGAGACGUCCCUGCCCCUCCGAAGACCCCUCCACCACCCCCACUACCCUCCACCUCCUCCCAGCAGCGUCGCCUCAACACGCCACAAACUCCACGGAGGAAGAUGGGCCCCCAAGCCCCCUGCCGGUGGAGACGCAGCUGGAGUCCUGCAGCAGUGACUCCCCCCUUAUCAAGCAAGAGGAAGAGGUGGAGGAGGCGGCGGAGGAGGAGCCCUCACUUCCCCACCUCCUCCCAGGGUGGGGCGCGGCUGUCCCCGCAACGCUGGCCCUUCGCCAACGGCCCCGCCACGCACUCCCCCGCCAGCGAGGCCUGGGAACGCGAGUAUCACAAGGCCCGCAUGGUACAGCUGCAGGAGGAGGGUGCGGCGCGGCUCAGACUGCUGGAGGCGGAGCUGGCCCUGCACCAUCAAGAGCGCCACAUCCGCCAGCAGGAGCACCAGCUGAGGAUGCAGAUACUCAUGGAAAGGCUAAGAAGGAUGCGGGAAGGAUCUGCGGUGGAUGAGCAGCAGUGAUAUCAUUCAAUCCUUCAUCCUUUUAUCCUUCAUUGUUUCGUCUUUCCUUCCUUACUUUUUGCUUUCAUCCUUCCAUCAUCUUUCAUCGGUCUUCUUUCUAAUAAUCCUUCCUUCCUUCCUUCCUUCACCUUUCCUUCAUUCCUAUCCUUCACUGUUUAUCCUUCCUUAUCCUUUCUUCAUCCUGCCUUCAUUGCUGUUUCAUCCUAUCAUCAUUUAUCCUUCCGUAUAUACUUUUGCUUUCAUCCUUCAAUCAUCUUUCAUCUCUCUUCCUUAUAAUAGUAAUAUCCUUCAUUCCUUCACGAUUCCUUCACUUCCAUCCUUCACUGCUUCUUCAUCUUUCCUUCCUUACUGUUUUAUCCUUCGUCUUUCAUAACUCUCCUUCCUUUUGUCUUCUCCCCUCCUUCCUUCAUUCAUGUCAAAUCACGUGUCACUUCACCUUCCUAAUCUGUCACUUCAAUUCCUCCCUCAUCUCAUCAUUAUCUCUCUCUCUCUCUCUCUCUCUCUCUCUCUCUCUCUCUCUCUCUCUCUCUUCUUCAUUCACGGCCACGCACUCAUUAUUUCACCUUCCUCAUCGAUUAUUUCGUCUUCCUUCAUCCUUUCCUCCUCCUCUUCCUCCUCCUUUAUCAUCUAUAGUAUCUCUUUUCCCUCUUCCUUCCUUCCUCCCUCAUUUAACUUCCUUGACUUUCUUUCACUCCAUCUUUCCUCCU